CGUUGGUAUGUUCCCUUCUGGGACCCUGUGCAACUCCUACGACACCACUUGUCCAACUUUUUCCUGAUUCAGCACAGUAAUCCCACAAACCCCUCCAUCUACCUAUGCUAUUUUUCAAUAUUUUGAGGUUUUGAUAAGCUACUUUUUAUCUAACACAAUAUAAUGGAACGUCUUCGAAAUGCAACUGCCUCAAUCACUUCUUUCAGCCAGGCUGUUGUACGAGAACAUACAACCGCCUUCGCGGUUGGUAGCACAGGGCUUGCCCUUGUCACUGCACCGAUUACCGGCCCUACGGUAUUAGGUGCUAUUGGUUUCGGCGCUUCAGGUCCUGUUGCGGCUUCUAUUGCUACAGCCUGGCAUUCUUCAAUCGGGAUAGUUCAAGCUGGUAGUUUGUUUUCAACCCUACAGGGAGCUGGAAUGGGAGCUGCAGCAGGCACAUUCACAACAAUUUCAAACAUUGGGAUUGGGCUGGCAGGAUCUGCGGUAGUGGGAUCACAGUGGACUGGUAUGAAAGAAACAUCACAUGCAAAACAUGAUAUUGAUAUAGCGGGUCAUUGUGAUGACGGUCAGCUAUCUGAAGAUGAUUUAGAAAUGCCUGAAAUGGAGGAUACUCUAGGUAAAGAGUUCGCGAAAUUCCUUAAGAUCGACAUGUCUUAGGUAGAGGGGCUCUCAUGUUAUCCAAAGCAAAAUUGGCCAAAUUUGAAGGAAUAGUUAUAUCAGAUUGCAGGAAAUCUUCACAUUUAUAAC